AUGUAAAGGGUGAAAAGAGAUGAAUAAGCUAAAGAGAUAAUAAAUGUACUCCUAGCCGAAGAUGCUCCUAUCUAAAGAAUAGCUUUAAUUGAUUUAUUGCAAUUAUGUAAUUAUCAAGUAGUGGCGUGUGAAACAGGUAUUUAAGCAAGGGAUGAACUGCUGAAAACAGAAAAUGAGUUUGAUCUGAUUUUGCUUGAUUUGGGUUUGCCUGAGAUGACGGGCCUGGAACUUUUGUAAAUUAUAAAAGCUAUUGAUAAAUUGAAAGAUGUUCCAGUGAUAAUGAUGAGUGGUGAUGAUGAGACAGAAACAGUUGCUGCUUGUUUAAAUGCAGGAGCAGAAGAUUAUAUGGUAAAACCUGUCAAUUUUAAAAAACUUCAAGGACUUUAAACAUUCGUAAAAAAAAAGCCUAAGCCAAGAAAUAGCAACUAAAACGAGAAAGGCUAUUACACAAUUGUGAGAAAUAUCGGCAAAGGUGCUUCUGGUUCUGUCGAAUUAGUAAGGAAAAGUACUGAUUAAGAAUUAUAUGCUAUGAAAGUAAUUCCAACAUUUUUCAUGAAUGAAUAAGAAAGGAAAAAUGCUGAAAAUGAGGUGAGUUUAUUAAGAGUACUAACUGCUCCAACAAUUAUUAAAUAUUAUGAAAGUUUCACUGAAAAUGAGUCUUUGAAUAUAAUAAUGGAAUAUGCAGAAGGAGGGUCUUUGACUGAGAAAAUAUCUGAAUACCAAAGAUAUGGCACUUAGGUUCCAAAGGACUAAAUUUUAGCUUGGAUGGCUCAAUUGGUUAUUGCAAUUCAUUUUAUGCAUUCUAAAAACAUCCUCCACAGAGAUAUCAAAACUUAAAAUAUGUUUCUAAAUAAAGAAUCAGUUAUCAAAUUGGGAGAUUUUGGAAUUUCAAAAGCAUUAGGAACACAUGCCAAUUUUGCAUAAACCUUUUUAGGAACUCCUUAUUUCAUGUCACCUGAAGUCAUCAGAGGCUAACCUUAUGGCAAAAAAUCUGAUAUUUGGGCAUUAGGAUGUGCUUUAUAUGAAUUGGUUAUGUUGAAACGACCAUUUUAACAUGAUAACAUCCAAAUUAUUUUUGAAAUGAUAUAGAAUAAGCCUUAUGAUAUGGAUUAAUCUGUUGAUUAAGAUCUCCAAUUGCUAAUUGAGAAGACUUUAUAGAAGGAUCCCAAUAACAGGCCAACCGUUGAAGACUUAGCAGCUAUUCCGUGUAUUGAGGAAAAAAUUAAUUAAUUUUAUAAAGACCAUCCAAAUGAAACCAAUUUAAUAUCAGUCAAACGAUUGUAAUUGGGCCCUUAAUUAUAACCUGAAACAACUGAAUAAGUACAGGAUGAAAAUUAUAUUGCUAUUUCUGCAGAUAUGAUAGAAAAAAUAUAAUUAAGAAAAGUGAUUUAUGGAUUCGUCAAUUAAAUUGAAUAUAUUGGUGUAUUAGGUCAGGACAUUUUUAGUUAUCUUUAAAACACUUGCAAGAAUUAAUUGGAAAUCCAAUAGAUUGGCUAACAUUUACUUGAAUCUUAAUUAAUAAUACCAUUAGAAUCUCAAAAAGAUUUAACUCCUAAUUAAUAUUAUUCUUUCCCAAUUUUCCUAUAAUUUAUAGCUGCAAACAAUUACUAAAAAUAUACAGGAAAUUCUUCAGAUCUCAUGGAAAUUCUAGACAAAUUGUUUAAGAAAUUUAAAGAAUUUCAAAAGAAAUUUGUUGAUAAAAAUACCAUCAAGGAGGACAUUCUAGAAUAAGGAUUUAAGGAGUAUUUUUAAUUAACUCAUUUAACAACUGAAUUAUAAAAAUCAACAAUGAUUGAUUAUUCAUAAGAAAAGAAAUUAGCAGCCUAUGUUAAUAUUUUCUAAUUGAUGAGAUUUCAUCAAUCUUUAACCGAAUACUUUGUUAAUAAACUCUAAAAGAAAGGAGUCAAAGAAGAACCUAAGUCCAUACUAAAAACCAUUAUUGGUUCUAUCUUACCACCACAUCCAAAAAAAGUAGAUUUCGCAUAUUCUAUAAACAAAUUAAUCACUACCCUACCUCAAAUUAAACAUGGAAUGUUGAGAAAAAAUAAACCCGCUCCGAAUUUUCAUUAAUUACCUAAUAAUGACCCUAGAAUCCUUACUCUUGAUACAAGAGGGUUGAUUUUCAUUUUUACUGAAGAAUACUAGGAUGCUUCUAUUGGCUUGACUUCUGAAUUGCAAUACUUAGAGGAAAAGAGUGUUUAAUAAUACAUCUAAUGUUACAUAAAACAAUUUAUCCUCAAGUAUGUCUGUCUUGAUGUUAUUGAAUAAGAAAUUAUUAUCCAUCCAUUAUGUUAAACUUAUCUUAGUGAUUUCGGAUCAGAAAAAUAGUUGUUUUAAUGGUUACUAGAGAGAAUGGAUGAUGGAUACAAUAAAGAAAAACUCUUAAAUUAAUAUGACUAACAGGAUUUCUAUAUAAGAUUCAAGAAUCCGAAUGAUUCGACAAAGUAACUUAAAAAUUGA